CAGCAGCUCGGCCUCAGAGCCCGCGGGUCCCCCAGCAGUCGCCUGUCGCUCCCUGGUUCUAAUUUAUUAACCUGUCCCCGUCGCCAUGGCCGAUGCUGCCCUGUCCUUCGCCAAGGAUUUCCUGGCCGGGGGAGUGGCCGCGGCCAUCUCCAAAACAGCCGUCGCCCCCAUCGAGAGAGUGAAGCUGCUUCUGCAGGUGCAGCAUGCAAGCAAGCAGAUUGCAGUAGACCAGCAAUACAAGGGCAUCAUUGACUGUGUUGUCCGUAUCCCCAAAGAGCAGGGUGCCCUGUCCUUCUGGCGUGGCAACCUGGCUAAUGUGAUCAGAUACUUCCCUACUCAAGCCCUCAACUUCGCUUUCAAAGACAAAUACAAGCAGAUCUUUCUGGGUGGCGUUGAUAAAAGAACCCAGUUCUGGCGUUACUUUGCUGGUAACCUGGCAUCUGGUGGUGCUGCUGGUGCUACAUCUCUGUGUUUUGUCUACCCUCUUGACUUUGCCCGUACCCGUCUGGCAGCUGAUGUGGGUAAAGCUGGAGCCGACAGAGAAUUCAAGGGUCUUGGUGACUGCCUGGUCAAGAUCUUCAAGUCUGAUGGUCUUAAGGGCCUGUACCAAGGCUUCAAUGUAUCCGUUCAGGGUAUCAUUAUCUACAGAGCUGCCUAUUUUGGCAUCUAUGACACUGCGAAGGGAAUGCUUCCUGACCCAAAGAACACCCACAUCUUUAUCAGCUGGAUGAUUGCUCAGACAGUUACUGCUGUUGCUGGUUUGACCUCCUAUCCAUUUGAUACUGUCCGUCGUCGUAUGAUGAUGCAGUCAGGGCGUAAAGCAACUGACAUCAUGUACUCGGGUACAAUUGACUGCUGGCGAAAGAUUGCCCGUGAUGAAGGGUCCAAGGCGUUCUUCAAGGGUGCAUGGUCCAAUGUACUCAGAGGAAUGGGUGGUGCUUUUGUCUUAGUAUUGUACGAUGAAAUCAAGAAGUACACUUAAGUUACUUCCUCGUGUGAACUGGCAUGUUGUAUUAUGUAACUUACUCUGACCAUUCAUGGACUGUCGAAACUGUAUCAAUUACAACUGGUAUCCAUAUUCUUUGGCAAAGGGCAGCUGUCAUGCUCACCUGACCUCUGUCUUUAUCAAGUCAUUCCCCUGAUGAUGGGACUCAAAUGUUUUUAUUUCAGGCACUCCUGUUUAAAUAACAAGUCUGAGGAAAUAAAAAAAAAUCCAGAACCAACUCUACUAGUGUUGUACUUGCUUUCCCUCUUCUCAGUAAACUGUCUCAGCUGCACUGGAGAAAAUGCUGGAAGAAGCAUAGUAACUACAUAGUAGCACUUUGAGGGGGCCUAAGGGGAUGUCAUAGUCCAGGUAAAUCUAAAUUUCUAAUGCUUGUGCUACUAGGAAACGGGGCAUAUUUCUUGAUGUACCCUCUUGAGAGGGAGGGGAAGGGAUGCUACCUAACUUUGACUGUUUCCUUUAAAGCCACAAUCUCUUUUGAAACCACCACUUUCUGAACAAUCCUGAAUAUGUACAGACCUUGUCUGUACUGGCAUCUUAAUUCAAAUCUCUAUGGAGCUCCAGUGCCUGCAUAGAUACGGUAGCUGUUAAGUGAUAAGAGGCCAGCAGUACCUGCCUGUGCCCCCCCCCGCCCACUGGUGCUAGUGAAAGCUUGAGCUUUAAACUAGCCACUCUCUAGGCAGAUAAGAGGAGCCAGAAAUGGUUUAACCCAUGUCUGAUGUAGCCAGAACUCCCAGGGACAGGUAUGCAAUGGUAUGAGGGAGUAACUCACUUGGAAAACUAGGCUCUCUGUAAGAAUUUCAAGGAAGUGGCUGAAAACUACUGACUCCCUAUUUAAGAACAAAACCAAAACAGUCAGGUAUGGGUAUGUCCUCCCUGCAGAGCGAACUAGAGUGAUUCACACCUGAUUGUGAGCACCCAGGAUGGUCCUGUUGCCCAGCUGUGAGCAGCCACUCAGCAAGACUCUACCCAAGCGUGUCCACUGAAGUGUAUCCAGGCUCAGGUGAGGCACUAGGACUUGUGGGGGGACUAUCCUCUGCUUAGUGCUGCAGUAAACUGAGCCACUCUUAUUCCCUGUGAAUUGGGGGAGAACUUGGGCAACCAGGAGGAGUUAUGGGAAGGCAAUGGAGAGCUAUGCCCACCGAAGGGGGUCGGUCUAGUGACAUUCUCUCCCCUCCUCCCUCCCCCAAGUGUGAGUACUGUCUUUAGGUAGAAAGCACCACCCCAUGUGAGGGAGAGGUUUUAGUGUGUGGAGGGGAGCUGGGUUAGGGGUCAGUCUGGGUUAACUGCAAUGAAGACCAGCCCUGUUAAACAUGAGCUAGCUUUCUUUGGGUUACAUAGCCUACCUACAAAUCAACAGCCAUUGCACCUUGCUUGGUACUACAUAACCUCUACCUCAUCCCUUACAGCCACAAGGGACAUGCAGCUAUGGUAUUGCCCCACCUAGAUGUGCAGGUGUAGCUUACAUUAAUAUAGGGCAGUUGGGAUACUUGGUGCAUCUAUCCUGAUCAAAUGCAGGAAGGUGGUUCUCCCAUCCCUAAAUCUGACUUCAACGAGGGACCCUUUCCUAAACCACCCUUCUAAGCCUCUGUCUCUAACUCAAUCAGUUGUUAGAGCCAUUUGUCUCAAUCAUCAAACUGAAGUGGUGUGACUCAGUCAAACAGCCCUACAGCUGCCUUGCGAAGUGCCAAUAGUCAUUUUUACUGUUGAAAAUUAAUUCUGAAUUAUAGAGGACACAGCCUCAUUAAUUAUAGCUGUAAGCUAAGGGCCGGCACUACUGGGCUAUGCAUGACUGGCGCUCUGAAUUCGCACUUGGCAUAUUGUCUCCUACCAGCCUGCUAUUGCUUGCCAGGGCUUCCACCCUCAGAUAAUGCUUCUGAGUGACCGUGUACAGUAGCCUUCCCGUGCUAUGAGGGUGCAGAGCAUUUUGCUUCUAGUCCAGCAAGACCAGUUGAAUGUCAAAGAAGUUGAUGGAGAAUGAACUUUGGGUAAUUGAUUAUACGAU